AUGGCCGUAGGCCGCAUCGAACUCCCAUUCCUAUACCAAAAUCGAACCAUUCUCCGUUGGCCAGUCAGACGAUCCCCGACGACGCGAAGAUAUUUCUCUAGUCAAUCUCAUUCAGAGAGCCUCAAGGACAACCAUGAAAUCCUUCCUUCUUCCAACACCGGAUCCUUUCUGAAAGAGAAAGCCAGCAGAAUCGCCGAGGAACAAACAAUACCAAAGCCCAUCUCCAGUACCAUUGGCACCGCUAUAAAUUCAACUAUCACGGCGAGCGAACGAAGAGCUUUCGACACCAUCUUGCGCUUCUCUACGAGACAGCCUGAACCGUCUGGCGUUAAGAAGCAAUCGCCCUUCGUCGACGCAGUAGAUACCGAUAUUGAAAACAUUCUCAGUAUCUUCAGCUCCUCCGUAAGAUGUCACCAAACUGAGCGCGAGACGGUGAUUGCCGGUCAGCGGGAGCUGGAUGCUGCCUCUCCUCGCCCGGUAGGAGACCAACAGCCAGAGCCCACCAUCACUCGAAAGUCGAACUCUGCCGUUGAAUCAGAAUCUAUAUCUCGGUCCACCAACGAGUCACUGUCCAAAGCUUCCUUUACCACGAACCAGCGGCAACUUGGGGCGCCUUUGAGAUAUGUUGUGUCACGCGACACGGCGCCAGAACCAGAACUCACCAGUCCCGAGCUAUCCUUCAAACAAAUCGCCAGCUCCAAGCACUUCAGACGCUUCGACGAGCACAUCCAACACGCCGUGCGUGAACGCAUGACCGAAAUUUCCGAGGCUCUACAAGCCGCCGCGGCCUCGACGACGAAACGCGGCGACAUCGCCAUGUGGGAGGUGUGCGAAGAGCAGAUCUUCUCUCUAGCAAGCUCCUUGAAACCCAUACGCCGGAAGCAGUCCAGUGUCAUCGGACCACAUAAAUUCACCUUUUCACUCCUGCAGUCAGACAACCCGCCCGAACUGCUUGAAGCCGCGGAGCGGGAAUUCCGCGACUCCGCCCCUGUCACACCAAAUACCACUGUCGCAACGAGGUCCCUUCCAGAGACGCACGAACCGCUGUCCGAGACACGAUUCAAGCCCUGGACUGACCUGACGAUUUUGCAUCACGUGUAUCCUGCAGCCCUUCUGCUCGCGCUGCGGCUAUAUAUCGAGCACUUCCCCGAAUCGCAGCUAGCGCACAACCUGCUGCCUCGGAUCCGAUCGCUCGGGCACACCUCGUACGUGCUGGGCGCCAGUCCGCAGUUCUACAACUCGCUGAUGUCGCUGGUGUGGCUGACACGGUCCUCGCUGCGGGAGAUCGACGCGUUGCUCUCUGAGAUGGAACGCGGCGGCGUCGAGCUCAACGAAGAGACCUAUCGCAUUUUGACGCGGCUUGAAAAUGAACGGGCCGAGGAUUUGACACGGGACGAGCGUCACGCUGGUGUCUUGCGCGGCUCGCGUGGUGCCGCCUGGUGGAAGAGGCACGAGCAACUGUUCUGGUUCCCCAGGAUCGCCGAUUGGCUAGGGCUCGUCAAGGGACGGCUCUUGAUGACUCAGGCAAACGAACAGGUCGCGCAAAGGCAUGCUGCUGCCGACCAUGAGUGGCGAUUUUCGGGCUCCAACGUCGCUGAGCCGAGCAUAAAAUAG